UGAAGAUACAUUUAGUAUUCAAUUUCCAACAAGAAAGGUACUGUUAUUAAACAUGAUUGUGUAUAGGUUAUACACGACUUCAAUAUUUUUACUCUGCGGAGUAUUAAUAGUAAAUUCUAUAUGUCCUUUUGGCAUCUAUAGAGUUCCGGAAACGCAAGAAUUUAAAUUAAUUUUAAGUUCAGAAAAAUCGGCAAUAGCUGAUAACAGCACGUGCAAGAUGGCUACAUCUUGCGUCAAAUCUCGCUAUCGUACUAUAGAUGGUACGUGCAAUAAUCUGAAUAAACCAACGUGGGGUGCUGCUUCGAUGCCCUACGCGCGUAUUCUUCCUGCUAAAUAUGGAGAUGGUAUUAGCUCUUUUCCUAAAUCAUCCUCUGGUUGUCCUUUACCAAACGCUCGUGAGUUACGGUUCGACCUCUUCCCAGAUAAAGCACGUGAUAAUAUGGAUUAUACGUUAGUUACGAUGCAAUGGGGCCAAGUCGUUGCUCACGACAUGUCUUUGACUGCAAGCGUUUCACAAACAGAGAAUUCGAAAUUCACAUGUUGCAAUGCUAAUGGGAAUUUUAAUGAAAAUACAUACACAAAUCCUAAUUGCGCACCGAUUAACAUAUCCAGAAAUGAUCCAGUUUAUGGCCCUAUAAACAAAGUGUGCAUGGAUUUAGUAAGAACCGACACAACAAAAUAUGAAAAUUGCACGGGACCGUUCUCUCCUGCUGAACAAUUAUCAGCAGUAACAGCUUACUUAGACUUGUCUAUUGUGUACGGAAACACAAAGGCCAAGGAAAUAGAGCUUCGUGCAUUGGAUGGUGGCCGUUUGAAAUCUGUGACGCGCGACGGACAGGAAUGGCCCCCGCAAGACUCACAGCCCGAACAAACUUGCGACUUGCUAGAAACACCACAAUCACCUUGUUAUGCCGCUGGUGACGUGAGGGUGAACCAAAAUACUCAGCUAACUAUACUUCAAGUGUUGUUACUUAGAGAGCAUAAUCGCAUGGCCGACAUUUUGCGUCAAUUAAAUCCUCAUUGGAGUGAUGAGGUCAUAUUUCAAGAGACUCGUCGUUUACUAAUAGCGAUAGCACAGCGCAUCACUUAUUAUCAUUACCUUCCUAAUAUACUUGGUUACGAGAACAUGGUUAAACAUAAGUUGAUAUAUUCUAAUGCAUUGGGAUAUGUAAACGACUACGAUUCUAAAGUGGAUGCGACGGUCUUCAACGAACACGCUACCAGCGCGUUUAGAUAUUUUCAUACAAAUAUCCAAGGAAUUCUCAAAAAAUACUUCGAAAAUCGAAUGAUGGCGGGUUUUAUACUACUUAGCGAUCAUUUUAAUAAUCCUACAGUGCUGGAACGGGACGAUGGAUAUACUAAAUUAGCUAGAGGGUUUACUGUUCAAAUGGAAGCAGAAGGUGACAAAUAUUUUGAUGUGGAAGUGUCUGAACGUUUAUUCAAAAUGGGAAACAAAUUGGGCGAUGAUUUACGUGCAAUUGACAUCCAACGUAGUCGCGACCAUGGUUUACCGAGUUAUAGAGACAUGAGGGCUGCGUGUGGCCUCCCUGUGCCUCACACGUUUCAGGACGUGGAGAAGUACAUUCCUCCUGAGAGCGUACGUCAGUUACAACAAAUGUACGCAGAAGUAGGCGACAUAGACCUUAUAGUUGGUGCUUCUUUAGAAUAUAAGGUUCCUGGUGCACAAGUUGGGCCUACUUUCCUUAUUAUUUCAACCUCACAAUUCUACAAAACGCGCGUUGGCGAUAGUUUUUUUUUCGAGACUGGCGAUCCCGACAUCGCUUUUACUCCAAGUCAAUUGCAAUCGAUUCGCGACGGAGCUUCAUUAGCACGGUUGUUGUGCGAUAACGUCAAGGGCAUGAUGAACGUUCAGUCCGACGUGUUCAAGAAAAUAUCGUACAGGAAUCCGAUUGUAUCUUGCCUUCGACUGCCUCGUGUAAAUCUAGCGUUGUGGAAAGAAGAAAAAUUAUAAUUUAAUAAAAGUUCUUAAAUUCGGUUUUAAUUUUUAUAAAAGA